CCCUCCUUCCACCUAAGUAAAGACUCGCAACCACAUGUUCUGAUCUUAAGCUUUGCUAUGAUCGGGCUAUGGGUUACUGGCGGGAGGGCUGCGCGGACAAGAGCGAAGAAUAUGCAUGAGAAAUUAGUGACAUUGUUAGAGAGUCGCAUGGGAGACUGGAAGUCGCAGAAAGACUUCAAGGAUACAUCAUGGCCGAUGUCGACAUUCCAAGCCGUCCUUCUGAACGAUACCUCUUUCAAGAAGCUGCGUAAGACAGUCGAUGAAAAGGUUGAAAAGCUCAAUCAAGAUAUUGAAAAGCUGCAACAGCAAGUCCAGGAACUUCAGAAUAAGCUUCUCCUACAGGAAGGCUGGCAUCAAGAGGAGCUUUCCCAACGACGCAUUCUGGACUGCAAAAUCUGCUACGGGUAG